AAAGUACUUAAAAAAUAUUCUUACUAACGAUGGCCGAGAAAUUGGAUAUCCGUGCUGAUCUGGAGUUCGGGGACGGUCUGCUUGAGGACCUUGGCUUGGAGGCGGAACCGCAGGCUCGUGGCGUUAUCCAGGACCUAGUUUACAGCAAGAUCCCCCAACUGGCUAAGCAGAGGAUCGGAAGACCGCCUAAACCGGUGACAGCUGCUGCAACUUUCGCUGCUGACACUUCAUCAACUUCCGCUGCUGCCAUUUCUUCCACUUCCGAUGCUGCCACUUCAUCAGCUUCAGCGCCUGACACUACUUCCACUUCCGCUGACGUCAUUUCUUCCACUACCGCUGCUGACACUUCUUCCACUUCCGCUGCUGCCAUUUCUUCCACAUCCGAUGCUGCCACUUCCACUUCCGCUGCUGACACUUCAUCAACUUCCGCUGCUGCCAUUUCUUCCACAUCCGAUGCUGCCACUUCCACUUCCGCUGCUGACACUUCUUCCACUUCCGCUGCUGCCAAUUCUUCCACUACCGCUGCUGGUCCUCCAGAAGGCGUUCCCCCGCACUAUCCAGCAUGGUUAGACUAAGAUCGAAACCUCAUUCUACGCCUAAAAUAUGAUAUUU